UCAGAUUCAGAUCGAGAGGACUCAUUUCCAUGGCGAGGCGCGUAAUAGUUGUUGCUUCUGCCGUUCCUGUUUUCAGAAUCAGAGCGAAAUGGAAGACGUAACAGAUGGCGCAAAAGAUGAAGGCGGGCCGAAAAUAGAGCGAGGCGUGGCCGCAUUGGCUUCAGGUGGGAAAGUGGCCUCCUCGUCGCAUGGUUUAUGCGACAGUGUGUUUUUGGCAGCGCCCCGCAGGAUUUUGGCAAUGGGAGCCCCACGCUACUAACCCGCGGCGGCCUUUGGUGUAGAUUGCCCUCUCUUGUUGCCCCGCUGAAACGCCGGCGCUCGCUUUGACCUUAUUAAAAAGGUAGAGGAAGUGGGGGCGGCGGCGGCUGCGAGGUUGGCCGCGCCAGGUAUGCAAGAUCAAAGCCCGACAAGCCUCGCGCGCCAGCUGCAUGGGUGGCGGCGGCGCGGCCGUCUUUUCCUGCAGCCCCGCGCCCGCACGGCGCGAGCUCUCGGUGAUGACAGCGCCAGGCGAGAACGCCCGGCCUGUCUUCCGUGCGUGGGCCGGCCGCCUGCGCCGUUAGUUUCUGUCUCACCGCGGGGCCGCCGCGGGGUCUCUGGCUUGGCCAGCUUUGUGGCCCCUGUGCCAAAAAGUCACUUUGUCACAGUCGUGCAAGAAGGAAUGUCCUUCGGUCUCGCAAAGCAUGGCGCUGAGUUCCCAGAGGAUCGCGAAAAUCUCCCGGGCGUUGAGCGGGCCCCUGAGGCAUUGGCCCGGCAUGCCAAGGGACGGAGCAGGCUUGGCGCCGCUUGCGGGCCUGCCGGGCGCCAGCCUGCGCCCGCGCCUCCCGCGUGGUGCCUUCCCCGCGGGACGCGCCCGCGCCCCGGGUGGAAUCUAUCAAGUGGGCGUGGGGUGGCCUGCCUGCUGGGGGCCCGCCCGGCACUUCCGAUACACCCACGAGAGCGCGGGGCCUCGGCGCGCAACAGGAGGCGUCCCGCCGGGAGCGAGGCUGAUUUUGAUGAGGUUGAUAGCCAUAGACAUAAUGCUCUGGCGCGUUGCUGGUGUUGCGAACAACAUUUCAGAAGCUCGGCCACCUGCAGACGAGAUGAUGAAAGUUGAUAUUUUGAUGUGUGGCAACCAUGAAAAAGAAAAAUGGGUCCUGUAUACUGUUAGCGCAUUGCUUUGGUGUUUUGGGUUUUGUAGAUGUUGGCUCCCAUGAAA